UAAGAAAAAUAGUGUGCCUGUUUUGUGAUAAAGCACACAGGUAAGGAUACAUUUACCUGGUUCUAAAACGCACACAGAUCCCAUUUGGCUUACUUAUCUCUCCAUUUUUGUCUGUCAAUUGAUUCGCACAACAACAAAUGGCACUUCGAGCUCUCACCAAUGUCAAAACCCUAGGUCGGUUACGUCACCAACAGAUUCGCGGACUGCAGACGUUUACGCUUCCUGAUCUUUCCUACGAUUAUGGCGCACUGGAGCCGGCGAUUAGCGGCGAGAUUAUGCAGCUCCAUCAUCAAAAACACCACCAGACCUACAUCACUAACUACAACAAAGCUCUCGAGCAGCUUGAUGAUGCCAUCGCUAAAGGAGAUGCAUCUACCGCCGUUAAAUUGCAGAGCGCCAUUAAGUUCAACGGCGGAGGUCAUGUGAAUCACUCAAUUUUCUGGAAGAAUCUUGCCCCUACUCGUGAAGGGGGUGGUGAGCCGCCACAUGGUUCGUUGGGGUGGGCCAUUGACCAGCACUUUGGUUCUAUGGAAAAAUUGGUUGCCAAGAUGAAUGCCGAAGGUGCUGCUGUUCAAGGCUCUGGAUGGGUGUGGCUUGCAGUGGAUAAGGAGCUGAAAAGGCUCGUAGUUGAAACAACUGCAAACCAGGACCCUCUGGUUACAAAAGGUGCAAGUUUGGUCCCACUAGUUGGCAUAGAUGUCUGGGAGCAUGCAUACUACUUACAGUACAAGAAUGUUAGACCGGAUUAUCUGAAGAACAUUUGGAAAGUGAUCAACUGGAAGUAUGCAAGUGAAGUGUAUGAGAAAGAAUGUCCUUAAAACGACGGAUAUUGACAUGACACCUACCCGCAACAUUCGGUGUUAUGGCUCUUCAAAAGUUUGGACAUGAUGUAAUAAGGAAAGCCCCAUUUUGCCCUGGGGAUUAACCCUUGUGUAUGCAAAACAUGAAUAAGCUUACAUGUCAUUUUGCUUUUCGGUUAUUCACCGUUUGUAAUCGCAACUUCCUCUUUUGCUGCCUAACUAUUUGUGUUGAUACUUGAUAUUUGAUCGCGAGAUUUUUGUCGCUUAAUCC